ACAUAGCGCUGACCUCCGGCGACGACAAGGGAAGCGACACGCUGCUCCGCACGAGCGAAAGCGACGUUGACUUUUUUGUUUUCAGCGGCUCCAAAGUGCUCCCGGUGAAAGAAAAUGCGUCGUUUAAGUCGUAUAUAAGUCAGCUAUGCAAACAUGGCUAUGUGCAUCGGGUGAAGCUUAGCAGCGCCUGGUUUGUCGACCAUAAAGUAAAGGUUGUCCUAAUCUGGACAAGCAAAAACAACGCGGCGCGUAGAAGGAAGAAGACUAGCGCUUGAGCAAAUCGUCGUUCCGGACGAUUUUGAAGCAUUUAUUCUUUUGCCCAUUAAUUUGAGACAGUUAUCUCAUUAGGUACUAGUCAAUUUUACAAAGAAAAAAAUGGACCGAGGUGGCUGCCAGAUGAGUGGCGGCGGUCCUAGUAGUGGAGACGGUAGCGGCCCCGACCGACACGGGAUGAUCACACUGGAGGACCUGGAGUCUUUCUCGGAGGACCAGCCCGAAGACUCUGGCAAUGGGAGUCUCGAAGAAGAAGGCCAGACCAUGGAGGAAGACGAAAAUCCAGACCGCCUGCUACAUUACUGGCAGGAGGUAGCGAGGGGACACCAAGUGGAAGUUUCUCAAGAUAUGGCAGAACCCAUUCAACAGCUAAGCACCAAUAACCAAGGACGCAGUCACAGAGAGCAGAUCCCGUUUACCCUCCUUGGACGCAAAGAGAAGUGUGGUGAGAUCCUGUAUGAGAAACGCCACUAUGAAAAGGGUCACUGGGCUUGUAUAAUAAUGCGUGAGGAGACGUAUGAACAGAGCAUUUGCUAUGGCUUUAUGAGGAUAAUGAGAUACAUCUGCCAACACAACUCCUUAGGUGACUAUCUGGGCAUGACGCUGCCUAUUGUAACAGUGGUGCGCACAGAUGAGAAUCAUUCUGCAAUGUCCCCUGAUGUCACUGUGGCUUACUACCUUCCCACUGAGCACCAGGCCCAGCCCCCCCAACCUCACGACAGCGACAUUGUCAUUGAGAUCUGGCCUGCCACUGUUGUAUAUACGAGAUCACUCCUUCCCUCUUCCAGAGCCUUUAGCGGUCCCACCAAUGAAGUGACCAUCAUAAACCAGAUAAGCACCUUGGCCGAGCUGCUGGAGUCUCCAGGAGUGUGUGUCAACGACUCAUUCAUCGUGGCCGGCUACACCAACCCUGCUCACAACAACCGUCAGAAUGAAAUCUGGUUUUUAGAGCGGCGCUAAGGGAUAGUGGGAUUACGUGGCAUCCUACUUGUGACCCUUAACCUUCAUAAAGACUCCCUUAACACUGCCCCAGCUUAGCUACAGCCUCAGGUGCAACAUCGUCGUCAGUUACCACCACUACUACCUGAAAUGACCACCAGCCCAGCAACACUCCAGAAACAUCUGGUUUCAUCUUUAAAUGACAACAAGCUCAACCUCAGUCAGUUUUCCUUUCUGUUCAUUUUAGUUAGAUCAUUUGGCACACAAGAACUGAACUCGACCACUGCCAUAGUCUUGUGAACACUACUCAGAUGAUAGGGUGAAGCGUAGCAUUUACCCCUGCUUAAAGAUGGCUAACAACCUUUUCCUAAGCACACUGCCCACUAAGUGGUGUCAGAAACAUGCAACAGCCUGCUCAUCUGCAGAGGAGUCAGGUUUUGUGGUGGACAUGCAGCCAUAUUGUGCUCCCUUCUUUUUUGUUGCGCAGCCACAAUAUCUUGUUAUGGAAUGACGCCAUCAUUCUCUUGCUUAUUGAGGCAUUUACAGCUCUGCCACAGUUGAUCCACUGUUACUUUACCUCUGGAUUACAUACUUCAUUACAGGUUAUAGGUUUGUGAUAACAGUCACACAGCAUAUUCUGCAUAUUCAGUAAAAAGUGCAAUAUUUAUUAGAUAACCAUAACAACAUGGCAGUACCUGGGCCACUAACCUAACCCAAUCUAGGUGCAUUCAAUUGAUGAAAAUUUAGGAGGGGAUUCUGCAGCAUCCAUCUUGACCUGAACUAGUGGCUUUAACUAUAAAUAAGCUUGACACAAACGGUGAUGUUAAUUUAGAAAACAAGCACUUUUGAACGGAACUUGUUCAUGUGUGUUUACACUUGAAUGUAAAUCUACGGGACAAGGGGGUAACACACAGAUCACUUCUACAAACCAAAUGCUGAAACACUCACUGAUAUAUAUAUAUAUUUAUUUAUUUUUUGCUGAAUGACAAUCAUACAGUACUUAUAGAUUAUAUACAUCCUUUUCUCUUACAAAAAUAAUGCAGUGUAACGCAUUCCUCAUGUUUCAGGUCUUGUACACACACAAGUAGUUACCCAAGUACCUCUUUUUGUGCUUUAAAAAUAAACAAAAAACUACUUUUUAGUAUUAGUCAUCAUUCACUAACAAUUGCAAAUACUACCACUGCUGAGUAGAGACGAUGCAAACUCGUUAAGAGAUACACAACAGAGAAUAUAACUGUGAUAAAAAUAGAAGGCGCAAUUCUGAUUCAGUUAAACUCAUCUUCUAUCAAAAGAAGAGUCUAUAAAGAGAUUGAUGGUUUUAUUCAUUAUAUUUUAAUAUAAAAUCAUUAAACAAAUUAAUUCAGAACUCCAGCUAACCCUGCAGUUUGCAAUAACAGGGAUUUUUCUCUUCUGGAAAUAAGAGAAUCUCUCUUCCAGUGAGAUAAACCUGGUAAAGAAUUGGCCAAAUUAUCACAGUGUGAGGAUUUUUACCAGAACAUUUGUAGCUUUUUUCUUUCUUUUUUUUAUGUAGGAAAAUACAAGGUAAAAAUGAUCAUUGUGUGAAACGGAGAGCAUUACAAUUAAGAAAGUUGGUAUUGGGUUGGGGAGGUUGCCCAGUCGUAAUCUCAAGAAGAACCGGUUAACAUCAGUGCAUCCAAAUCCAAAGACUUUAUUCUGCAUUAAAUGAUUGUAGCAUUGCUAUGAUACUCUGUGACAUCUGUAGGGUGUAAACUCUUGCAAAGCCAUGUUACGUGUAGGUCGGUAUUCCCUCUGAGAGCCUAGUUACAUAGCAACUGCAAGUGUCUGGAUUUAAUUUGUUUUUGCUUUUUUUUUUUUUUUU